GGCGUUGUCUCAGGGGAUUUGGGGUCUGUGGAUGCCGCUCCUCCCCUCCUUGGUUCCGUCUCAUCGUCGCUCUCCUGGGUCCUGCUCAACACCUGCUCUUUGCAGCACGGCCCCACCAGUCUCCUAAGCAACUGAGCCUCAUAUCACCUUUUGUUUCUUUCACUAUAUAACCACCUCAUACUGGGAUGAAACGAACAAACUAAGUGAUUGCUUUCCGUCUGCACCCAGGCGGGAUUAGGCAGGUCUGUGCUGUUAAUGCAUUAGUAAAUGUUUAACCGCUCUUUGGACGCCCCGAUUUUACGUCACGCUGCUCUGUGACCAAAGUCUACAAGAAAAACACGACUGUUGCUGUGUUUCGGGGGUAUUUUUGGAUUUUUCCUCCGUGGACUUGAUUUGCUUCGGACUCAUUGACACAAUCACCCAUUUCCUGUGGCUACCAUGACAACAGAGGCAAGUGCCGUAAGCGAGGCGGACACUGAAGGCAAGCAAAAGGCCAGUAGUGCUGAACCCGAACCUGAGAAUAAGCAAAGUCCAGAGGCAGCCACAUCUGAGCCAGAGGGCGAGCAGUCGGCUAAACAAACCCAGGUACAGGCUACCGAGCCUGGGCCUGCCAAUGUAACAUCUUCACCUGAAGAGGACCAGCUGAAACCUCGCACCAGAACCUCUGCUGGCAAAGGCCUGUCUCGACUCUUUUCCUCUUUUCUCAAACGUCGCUCCCAGUGUUCCGAAGGAGAGGACUUUGAGGCAGAGAAAGCAAGAGAGGAAAAGGAGGACGGAGAGGAAAACUCUGACAACACAGAAGAGGAUAAAGAGGAAAAACUGAAAACUGAAAAGGAGGCUCCCAUAGAGGAGGACAAAUUGGACAGAAAAGAGGUCAAAAAGAGCGAAGAGAAACCACAAAAGGCGGAAAAAAAGACAGAGCCAGAAAAACUGGAGAAGAAGGGCAGUAAGAAGAAAAAGAAAGAAGCUAAGAAGAAAACAGAAGAAAGGGAUGCAGAGAAGGUGAAAACCACAGAGGCUAAAACGGAAGAGGAGCAAGAGAAGAAAAAAGAAGACGAAGAAGCGAAAAAAACGCAGCAAAGGGAGGAAAAGGUAGAGAAGGCUCUGGAAAAAGAGGAACAAUUGGAGACAGAAGAAGAAAAUAAAGCUACUGAAGCAAAAGACACAAUUGGUGCAGAGACUGACAAGGUGGAGAGUAAAGAGAACAAAGUUGAUAAAAAGGAAGCAAAGAAAAAAGAAAAAGAAGAAAGGGUGAAGAAAAAAGAAGAGGAAAAAGCUCAGAAAAAAGCAGAAGAAGAAGAAAGGGCAAAGAAGCGAGAGGAGGAGAAUAAGAAGAAAAGGGAAGAAGAAAAGGCAAAAGAGGCAGAAAAAGCAAAGAAGAAAGAGGAGGAGAAGGCAAAAAAGAAAGAGGAGGAGGAGAAAGCAAAAGAGGAGAAAUUGAAAAGGAAAGAGGAGGAUAAAUCCAAGGAGGCCAAGAAAAAAGAAGAGGAGAAAUUGAAGGAAGCCAAAAAGAAAGAGGAAGACAAAUUAAAGGAGGGCAAAAAGAAAGAGGAUAAAUUGAAGGACGCCAAAAAGAAAGAGGAAGAGAAACUAAACGAAACCAAAAGAAAGGAAGAGGAUGACCUAAAGGAGGUUAAAAAGAAAGAGGAGGAGACGGGGAAAGAGGACGACAAUAAGAAGCAAAAACAGGAUGCAGACAAAGGAAAGAAAAAAGAGACAGGGAAAAAAGAAAAAAGGGAAGAGGUGAAAGUGUCAAGUGAAAAGAAAGUAAAAGCACCCAUUGCUGCCCCAGAACCAGAACUUAAAACUGAGCCAGAAACCGAGCAAGCCCCUGAUCAACAUUCACUCAGCAGCGCAGAGAUGCAGCCCACUCCAGAGGAACAUAAGGAGGAAGCUGAAAUCAAAGAAGAGCCAGAAGACGUCAAAGAAGUGAAGGAAGAGGGUGUGGAAAAGAAAAAGGAAGAACCAGAAGAGCAGGUGAAAGAGGAAAAGGAAGAAGAGAAGCCUAAGGAGGAGACAAAAGAGCAGAAGCCUGCUACAGAAAAGAAGACUGAGAAGAAGGGUGAUGACGCCAAAGGCUCCAAACGACAGAAAACCAUUCGUUGCAAAGUCACCUUACUGGAUGAUACUUCGUUUGAGUGUGAGCUUGAUAAACACGCUAAAGGGCAGGAGCUCGUCACUAAAGUGUGCGACCACCUCAACCUGCUGGAGAAAGAUUACUUUGGCCUUGUUCACUGGGAAACGGCAGGCAACAAGACAUGGCUGGAACACACCAAGGAGAUUCGCAAACAGGUGCCAGGUGCUAUCUACGAAUUUAUGUUCAACAUAAAGUUCUACCCUCCUGACCCAGCACAGCUCACCGAAGACCUCACCAGGUACUAUCUAUGUCUUCAGCUGAGGAAAGACAUCAUGAGUGGGGUUCUUCCCUGUUCCUUUGUCACCCUAUCCUUACUGGGCUCUUACACAGCACAGUCAGAGCUUGGGGAAUAUGACCCUGAGGUCCACGGAGCUGACUAUGUUAAAGAUCUAAGCCUUGCUCCUGGACAGAGCAAAGAGUUGGAGGACAAAGUGAUGGAGCUGCAUCGCACUUACAGGUCAAUGAGUCCAGCCCAAGCUGACCUGUUGUUUUUGGAAAAUGCCAAGAAGCUAGCUAUGUAUGGUGUGGACCUGCACCAAGCCAAGGAUCUUGAUGGUGUGGACAUUACGCUGGGGGUUUGCUCUGGUGGUCUGAUGGUUUACAAAGACAAGCUCAGAAUCAACCGUUUUCCUUGGCCAAAAGUUCUCAAAAUCUCUUACAAACGUAGCAGCUUCUUUAUCAAGAUCAGGCCAUCUGAGCAAGAGCAGUAUGAAAGCACAAUUGGCUUCAAACUGCCAAAUUACAAAGCCUCAAAGAAGUUGUGGAAGGUCUGUGUUGAACAUCACACCUUCUUUAGGGUUUCAACAAUAGAGGCUCCCUCAUCACGUCGCUUCCUUGUCCUGGGCUCCAAGUUCAGGUACAGCGGGCGCACUCAAGUCCAGACCCGGCAAGCCAGCUCCAUGAUUGACCGCCCUGCUCCUCGCUUCACACGUUCUGCAAGCAAACGCCUCUCCCGCAAUUUCGAUGGAGCUGGAUAUCAAACUCUCCAGACCCUGAUAGCAUCAACCAGGUCUAAGGUUGAUGACUGGUCGUUGAUAUUUAAUUCUGACAAUCCCCACCCUUUCCUAAAACUUCCAGCCACAGGUGAGCCUGAGCAGGCAUAUAUUCAGUCCUGGAACACUCAGAAAGGUGGUCUGCCAUGGUGGGAGCUUUCAACUGAUGCACAACUGAAGACUAGAAAGAAAGAUGAGUGGUCUGUCCUGCUGAAACGACAUCCUCCUUUUCCGUUUUCCCCGUCUGUUGAUUUUGUUAAACCAGUUAAGCUUAGCUUGGCAAAUGCCAGCACUAUUGACAGGUUAUUGCAACCAACACGGAAAAAGCACCAAGAUUGGUUCAGCUCUUUUGACCGAAUCCCCAGCCUGUCAUUUUAUGAGCAUGUUGAGAAACUUCAUCCCCACAUCCAGGUGAAGGAUGAACAGACUGAGAGUUUUACAGAACAAAAACUGACAGAUGAGGAGCUCAAAGAGAGGCUACAGUCGAUGGUGAUAAUGGUGGACAAGCUAGAAGAGAUGGAAGAUUUGGAAAGGAGGCUGAGGAAAGUGAGGGACUUGGAAGAGAGGCUCCAGGAAGUAGAUGAAAUGGCAGAUAGGAUCCAGGAAGUCAUAGAAGAGGAAUUAGGAGAAGAAGAAGUUGCUAAGCUAAAAGAGGAAGAACUACAAAAAGAAAGUGAAACUAUAACUCGGACUGUGUUAAAAAAUUCUGUGAUGAUGGUAAGGAAAAGUAAAGAUGGAGAAGAGGUGGAUGAAUUAGAGGAGCAAAUAAAAGAGGUGUUUUUAAAAGGACUGUCACCUGAGGUAGAUGAGGCAAGGAUUGAGAGUAAAAACAAGGCAAAGGAUGCCAGUUUGUUUGAUGAAAAUUUGAGACAAAAGCUACGUCUGAUCGAACAUGAAUGGCAAAAUGAGGUGGAGAAAAAGAUUAGUUCGCCACAACUAAUUUCCUCUUUUGAGGUAUCUUAUCACAUAGUGGAAAGGACUAAGAAGAGAGUUGCGUUUGUAGACCAGAGAAUGCAGCAGCAGCAUGAUGCUGUGAAAGCAGCACAGACAAAGCUAAUAGCAGAAAAAAAGUUAGAUGAGAUUAGACUGAAGACAAUAAUAAAGGACAAGAAAGCUAAGAGUGUUACAGAGAGGCCUGAGUUUGAAGAUAGAUCUCAACUAGUAGAAGAACGGGAUAUCUGGGUCAUGCUUUUUGACCGUCCACCAUACACAGCUAUUGUCAAACCACCAGUCGCAUCAGUGGAACAUGUUGAUUUGGAUGAUGGGGAGUUUUUCACUUCAAAAGCAAAGGCUACAACAUAUGAGGAUGAGAGGGUCUUAACAUUGGAAGAGCCAUCCAUAGCAGAAGAAAAGAUCCCACAACCACAGACCAACCCUGAAAGAGAUGACUGGUUUGUGUCGCUAAAUGUGGUUCCAAGAUAUGUCCAACCAGUUACCUUCACGAAACAAGUCCCAAUGGAGGCAGAAAGUUUGGUCUCUGUGGUUGAAAAGUUCAAGGAGAUUAGGGAGGUGAUGCUUGAAGAAAGAGAGAUAAGGGAAGAAGCACCAAGACAUCUUCAAGAAAUGCAACAGCAGCUGGUAAAAGAGCGAGACGAUGACUGGUUUGUGUUGUUGGAUGUUGUUCCCAAAGAAACAACUUAUGUACAACCAGUGGCUUUUGAGGUCCCUGCUAAAGACGACGUCUCUCUGGCUGAAGUAGAAGCAGUGGAAAUGAGAGACAAACCUGCAGAAGUUGGAUUAGUGGAAGAAACGGAACUAAACGAUGAUCUGAACCUAAGAGAAGUCACAAUGCUGUCCCGGGGUGUAAGAGAAAUGACCAUGGCUGUGCAUGAUGACCCCCCAAAAAGCAUGUCUACUCUGAUUGAAGAACAAGUAGAUGUUGAAGUAGAAAAAAUAAUGCUGCAGCGAGUUGAGGCUCCUAUGAAAAUAUAUCCAGAGCAGAAAACAGUCCAACCAGUCAUGACUAAAGUUGAUGAUUGGUUUCUACUUCUGGAUAUUGUUACCAGGGAAAUAUCCUUUGUCCCAACAGUAAUGCCAAUGCCAGCUAAGAACUAUCCAGUUGUUGGACCGGUGAUUGAAAUAAAACACAUUGAGGAGGAACUUCCACAGAUUUGCCAAACAAAACCGCAGUCAUCCCAAUCACAACCAGAGAUAGAUGAUGACUGGUUUGUUGUGUUUGAUGCUAUUCGGGAGGUGGUACCCAGAAUACCUCCAGUCACUCCUGUUGAAAUCACUCUGGCAAUGAGGAAGACAUUUAAGACUGAGGUGUUAACCACUGAAAGUACAACUUGGGAGAAGAUGAUAAUUGGUGGUGAGAGCAGGCGUGGUGAGACGUGUCUAUCUGAAAUGACACUGAGCGCAGUUGUUCCAGCCUCAGGAAGGGAAGGUGAUGAUUGGUUUCUCCUGUUUGAUAUCAUCCCAGAAAAGACCACUGCCGUACCAUCAGUUUCUAUGGUCGAGCGUAUUGUGGAUGUGGUGGAAGUCAAAGGACCAACGUCGAGAUUCAACAAAGAAGAUGUAAGGCGAUCAGUAAAGUUUUUCAAGAUUAAACCACCACAGUCAAGAGAGGUUGAUGAUGACUGGUUUCUACUCCUAAAUACUGCAGUCAAAUCACCUGUUCCCGAACCUGUCCAAAUGUUUCCUGAUGUAACACCAUCAAAAGGGUUUUCAGUUUUAGAGAAGAGGUCACUGCAGAGAAUUACUUUUGUGGAGGAGAUGUGGAUACAGGCGAUGUCGUCACAGCAGCAGCCAUGUCUAACAGAGAGAAAGGUGGAUGAUGAUUGGUUUAAUCUGCUGGAUGUGGCUCCGAAAAAAUCAGAAAUUCAAAGAACCGCCGAGGUCAAAACAAGGAUUUCUAUUUUUGUGACAAGACCUCAGUUUGAGAAACAGAUCCUAGAAGAAAGACCUCGCCUUAAAUAUACUUGUGAUGAUGAUUGGUUUAUUCUACUCGACGAUGACCGCAGAAAGUCAGUGGUGAUCACACAGAGGAGCACCCGUCCUGUCAGCGCUCCAGUCUUCUCCCAAGCUGCUCUGGCAGAGGCUGGAAUCCCCAUGGCACCACUGGAACAGCCUCAGACCUCCACUCCCAUCAGGACAGCCAUCAAAGAGGAACGAACACUUGAGGUCACCUUAGAAGCCAUUGAGCCAUCAAAAAAUGAGGACAAGUCAGCGGUGUGGAGGGACCAGAGAUCUGUAGACUCCUCAAUGACCCCCUCCAUCAAUGGGGACAUUCAGUCUGAUGUGACGAGCACGGAACUGGUGCGAUUGCGAAAGAAAAGAGCUAAGAAAAUUGAGGGAGAUUCAAUUUAUAUCAGACAUAGCCUUUUAAUGUUGGAGGAGUUUGAUAAGCCUCAGGAGGACCUGCUCAGGCAUCACGCCAGUGUCAGCGAGCUGAAAAGGAACUUCAUGGAAGCUUUGCCACAAUCCAGGCCCAGUGAAUGGGACAAGCGUCUGUCAACACACUCUCCAUUACGCUCGCUGGGUGUGAAUGGUCAGCCCAGUGCAGAUGGGAGUGUGAAUAUUAGUCCAAUGUGCAGUGGUUCAAAGGCAAAGGCUGCACAUGAGGAAACCUUCGUCAGUUUGGACUUUUCCAACAAGUCCAGUCCUACUGUGGGCCACUGUCGAUGUGCUGACGCCCCAAGUGUUCCAGUAGAGAAGUCAUGUGAUCAGGAAGAGCUUUUAGUUUUGAGGCCCUCCUUUGCUCCCAUAGUUAUUGUGGCACAGCCGCCUCCCUCCCUCAACCUCUCAACUAAAGGUUUUAAUGACAACCAGAGGAAAGUAGUUCCCGGACUUCCGGAGUGCUCUGGGAACAGAGUUGGAACUUCUACUCCCUAUUUCAGAAACGGUGCGCCACGGGCCGUACAUAGCUUCCAGCCCCCUCUGGUGCAGACCCAGACAGUCACCAUCACAGCUGCCUCCAACUCCUUACCCAGUGGCAUCUCCACCACAGAGGUCCCUAUCGUCCCAACCCAGACAGUCACCUAUGAGUCUUCAAAGGGUGCAGUUGAUGGUGUAGACGAGGACAAAGAAAGCACAACAAUGUCCAUCUCUCAGACCUCAGAAACUACCAGUGGCACCACCAUCACCACAACUACUACGCACAUCUCAAAGCAGAUAGUGAAAAGCGGCUCCUCAGAGACUCGGGUGGAGAAAAGGAUUGUCAUUAGUGCAGACAGCGAUAAUGACCAGGAUAAGGGCAAAGAUGGCGGAGCAUCAGCAUUGUAACUGAAUCAUCACAAGCAGCUUCUCCUUUGACUCCACUCCCUCAAUGCAGAACUCACCACACACACCAACUGACCCACUCCUUACUACACACAAACACACUCGCACACACACACCUUCCAAGUAGCAAAGUGUGACAAGAUGGUGUUUUACUUUCUGUUCACAGUAGGUAGAGGAGAACUGCACCAUGCUCAUCUAACUUCACCUUUUAGAAUCCGCCUUGUUUCAUUCAAAGCAUCAUUUCCCACUUCAGUCAUAGCAGUUAUGUUUGUUUUUAAAUGUUUUUACGUCCUUAGCGGGUUUUUUUUUUUUUUUAAUUUACAGAUUCAUUGUCUUGGUACUAGUUUUGAUUGUUAGCAUGUAUCCUUUAAUACUACUGGGGACAACUACAUUCAUGUUUUUGUUUAUUCAUGCAUUUCAUAUAGGAGAGACAUUUGUUCAGUUAAAUUAUAUACCUCACAUUGAUACACAAUCUGUGCUCUAAUUUGGACAGUUGUUUGGGGUUUGCUCACUGCUCAGGUAAAAUAACAGAAAUUUCCCCUCUGUCACUUCUGGCCGACGACUUGUAGCCUACAUGUUCGUGUAAAGUUUGAAUUAAAACUAAAUCUAUUUUGAAAUAUUCUCUAUUUUAUAGGUUUAAUGCUUUUAUAGUGUUUGUACAAAAUGAAGUUUUUAAGUUAUUCAUAUCCCUCAACUGAAAAUUGUGCACACCGAUUGAUUUGACUAAAUAUGGGGUCUCAAUUCAAGUCUUGGUUUCCCUAACAGAAAUAAUUAAUUGGACUUGACAGAGUGCUUCCCUCAGCCAUGAUUUUUACUCGGACGUCAGAACUGCUUUGGCUAUUUUUGUUUGGUAAAGCUUUGGUCUGUUUAUCUCAGGUUUUAAUAUACUUUGCAAGACCACAGACCUCAAUGGGAAUGUCCAUAUAUUUAUAUCUGUCCCUGCUUCAAUGUACAAUCUUGUUCAGUGUGUGAAGUCAAUAAUUUGGAAGAGCUUGUUCUCUGGAGAAUUUUGAAAUAAUUAAUACAAAACUAAAUGUUUAAUUAGGAGAAAGUAAUUUCAGAAAGCUUCAUUUUUUAAAUGAAUGCUUUUUAUGACUAUUAUAUCCCCCCAUUUUACCAUUUUGCAUUAAUAGCAUACUGAUUGCCUUUUUGUACAAUUUUUAACAAAAUUCUUGUGGGAACAUUUUUGCCCUUGUCACAUUAUGAAGGCAGUUGUCCCUUUUUCUGUCAGGAGCACACUUUUUUUUUUUUACAUGUUCUACUAUACAGUAAUUUAUUUGUAAAGUAGCAACUGUCUCAUGUGAUUUGAUGUACUGCAAUGUCUCGACUGAAAAGCUGAAUUUCAAGCUUCCAUUUAGAGAGGUCACAAUAUUUAUAUGAACAAAAGUUUGUAAAGCCUUUGACCACAUAGUCCAAGUAUAUUGCUCUCACUUGCUGUCUAAUGUACUUUUUCUGUCCACGCACUAAUCCCUUUUUUAGAUGGCGUGUUUCUUAGCAAACGUCUUUAAUGCAAAACAACAGCAACCUCUCUUGGGUGAGCUUUUAGAAUUUCACUUGGGGAAAAACAUGUUUUAGAUGGUGAAAAAUGUUGUCUCUUUGUGACUCAUCUGUGUCUUUUAUUAAAAUAUAUAUAA